AUGAGCAGAUCAACCAGAGACAUUGGCGGCAGACUCAAGAAGACGGGCGUGACCGAGAUCAAGCUCACAGGUAACUACAGCAGAGCAGACAUCGAACGAAUCGCUCAGCGAGACAGCAACACGCUUCAACGCUACGGCGCCAAUGCGAGGAUAGAGGUCGUGCUCGACUACGGCAACCAUCAAUAUCGAUCAGGAACAUUCACCAAGGUAGGCGAGCCGAUCAUCAUGUUUGAUCCUCACGAGUAUGAUGGAGCACCAAUCGCAGAGCCUGACACAUUCAAAUCGUUCUACAUCUACGUUCAUCAAGCAAAGGGCAAGGCAGGUGGCUGCGACGGCGAAUGGAACAACUGCCUCUAUCACUGCCUCCACGACGCCUACCCAGAGCAGGUCACAGAGCACUUCGGCAAGCCAUCGCGCCUCAAGAGGUUCCUCAACCUCGAUGUCGAUCAGAAGGUCUCAAUCAAGCGGAUCCCAGAACUCGAGGACAGACUCACCAUCAAAAUCAACGUCAAAGGUGAUCACUGCUACGCCUCGACCUCGAGGGCAACCAGAGAGGUCAACCUCUUACUAACCAAUGGACACUACAAGCUAGACAAGGAAGGCACCUAUGCAGGUAAGGGCAUUAGAUAUACACGACACAAUGAGCGUGACACUUACAUCACACCAAUCGCAUUCAAGUAUCUCAAGGGCGAUCAGGUCCAACUCUAUGAUGACGUCGAAUACACGACCAUCAGCCUGGAGCAGUUCAUCAACAGGAAGAAACGCAAGUAUCAAGGCAAAUGUGAGUACAUCCGUAUCCUCUCGGGUAUGACUCUCCAGGAGACAUUGGACUCGUUCAAGGCCGACGCCGACAUGCUCAAGGAACAUACUAACGGCGUCAUCGACAUGUACACAACAGGAUAG